AUGAACUCAGCACGAAUCUCUCUCCGGCAUCUGGCCCAAGUGGUCCCAACCCUCCGACCUGCCGGCGCUUUCCACAUUCCAACAACUCAAUUACAGUAUCGUCUACAGUCCACUUCUUCCAAAGCGAUACCCAGAUUCGCUCAAACGUCACUAUGGACAUCAAUGAUUCCCAAAUUUAUCCGGAACCGCGGCGCAAAGGAAACCAAGCCGUAUAAGCCGAAGUCCAAAGAAUGGAACCCCGCAAGUUUCUACAUCAUCAUCUUCAUCCUGAUCGGAUCCCAGGCCAUCCGGAUGAUCGCGUUGAAGAACGACUAUGCAGCGUACACACGAUCAACAGAUGCGAAGAUUAGGCUUCUUCGGGAGGUCAUAGAGAGGGUGAAUAAUGGGGAGAAGGUCGAUGUGGAGAAACUGCUGGGCACAGGAGAUGAGGCGAAGGAAAGAGAAUGGGAGGAAGGUCAGUGCUUGCUUGAUCUUGAUUUACCGUUUUACCAUACUGAGGAUCCUGCUUUUACUGACUUGGGGGUCUUGUCUGAUAUAGUACUACGCGAGAUCGAAGCAGAAGAUUCAUUAUGGCAUCGCAAGGCGGCCGCGUCGGAAGCUCAGCAAGAGCAGGUCGAGGAGCCAAAACAAUCGAUUAUGAAGUCAAUUAUUAAAGAUCCUGCUGUACCUGCAGAGGGACCUCAGGAUAAAGGCUUACCUGCGGAUAGCCCGUCAAAGAAGAAGCUCAACUUCUUUUAA